CCGACAUUUCUUCCAAAGCACAUUUAUAUUCUCUGUGAGGUGUCGUGAUCUCGUGGCAAAAAUUAUCCCUAGCCCUGGUUGCUGCAUCGUCCAAAGUCCAAAAUCCAAGAUUCACGGCAUCGCCAAUUACGUCAUCUUUGAUUGGAUAAUUCUCGCCCGAUGAAUGGCCAUCACCCAAUCCGGCCUUUAGGACCGGGAAUCAAUGUACCGUUGGUUGCAUUUUUCCAUCCAGAUACCGAGGAUGUGGAUGUCGAAACCACGGCCAAACAUGCAGUCCGACUGGCAAAGGCAGGGUUGACCGCCGUCACCACGCAGGGUUCCAAUGGUGAAGCUGUGCAUCUGACCAGGCAAGAACGAAUCCUGGUGACCAGCACAGUCCGCAAGGCUCUUGACGAAGCUGGCUUCACCGAAUUUCCUAUCGUCGUCGGCACCGCCGCCCAGUCGGUCCGCGAAACCAUUGAGUUGUGUCAAGACGCCUAUCGGGCAGGAGGAGACUAUGCGCUGGUGCUGCCACCCUCGUACUACAAGUCAGCAUAUACUCAACAGUGUUUGAUCGACUACUUUGAGGGCGUCGCCGAUGGCUCGCCGAUCCCAAUUCUCAUCUACAACUAUCCUGGAGCGGUGGCUGGGGUGGAUCUGGACUCUGACACUAUCAUCCAACUGGCCAGGCACCCCAAGAUUGUAGGCUGCAAAUUGACCUGUGGCAAUACGGGCAAGCUCAACCGGAUCGCACAUGCGGUGAAUGCAGCGACGCCAUCAGAGCCUAACUCUGGGUGGCUGGCAUUGGGAGGCUCAGCCGACUUUACUCUUCAGACGCUCAUUGCAGGAGGGUCAGGUAUCAUCACGGGAUUGGGGAAUAUCGUGCCCAAGGCAUGCGUCAAGGUAUAUGAUCUGUACGCUCAAGGCAAGGUGGAGCAAGCACAAAAGUUGCAGGCGGUGGUCGCGCGAGGAGACUGGGCUGUCAUCACGGGCGGUGUUACAGGGACCAAAAGUGGAUUGGAGUCUUAUUUUGGGUAUGGAGGAUAUGCACGACGACCUCUUCCCCGACCCAGCAAGGAGGAUGUGGUCAAGUACCAAGGGUUACUGAAGGAAGCAAUGGAACUGGAGAAUUCCCUAUAAGGACAUCUGGAGGUUAUCUGAUCUGUCAAUGUUGCGUGGGCGGAUGGGCUUGUGUGAGAGGUACUGACUACUCACUGUUCUGGGAGGAUCUCGUGACCUGGGUGGCUCCAGCAUCCAAGUGAGCAUAAGACAAGUCACCGAGGCCGUUGUUUAGCGUGGGAGGUUUCUUGACUUGAAUUUGAUGCAAUGUACAACACUUGCAAGCAAGAAGGAGAACAUAUUGAGGUAUAGCCAUGUUGGUGCAAAUUAAUGCAAUGAUCAAGCUGAUGCAAUUGA